AUGGUGUUGCUCGCUAAACCUGGGACUGGGAUUUCGAAGCCACCUCUUCUUCCCUUCGGAACCUUCCAAGUUCGAAAGUGGUUUUCCGUAGCUACAUAUGAGGACCGGUUUCAUUUCAGCAGCUCCUGGAAUCGUCGCAAGGAAGCCGUCGACUUUGUUUCCCCUUCUGAGGUGAUCGCUUGGCAAUCACGUUCUGCGCCGCAGAAGUCGGGGUUUCGCAUUAUCACAGACAAUACGACGCAGAAACUCGCAUUCUUGAUCAUGUGGUAUCUGGAAGAGAGGCGGCAGGCAGAACAACAGCUCGUAUCUGCAUAUAAGCGCUUGUUGGAUAACUUCCGCCCUUGUCACUCCUACUGGGCGCCUGGACUCCAAUAUAAAUUGAUAUCACAGCAUCAGAACUCGAUAUCUGGAAGUCAGAUUGUUCUUGGGGCGCAAGCGCUUCCUAUACUUCCAGUUCUUUUUCAAGAGCUUAAAUCUUCAGCCUUAGACCCUGCCGAGACCGAUCGAUACGGACGGUACCAACAAGAAGGACCGAAAGAUGAUUUCCACAUCGUGACCUCGGGCCAUGUUUCCAUUCUCAAUGUUCCUUUUCCAGGGUGCCUUCGCGAGGCUUGCUACAUCGGUCUGGAACACGCAACCCCUGACGGAUCAGCCACGAUAGCUUAGCGCCUUCUCUCGCUCCCGUCCGCCUAUAAUCGCACCACUCAACACCAAGACAGCCGUAUAUCAACCCACCCAGCCCAAAGCCACGCGCGCUUUUACCAGCUGUGCGCCGCUGAUGAAUGACUUAGCGACUCAGGCACUGAAAGGGCGCGUGCACGGCUGAAUGGGCUUCAAGGUUAAGCGUGUACUAACCUUACUAUGGUAAUUUCUAGUCGAGUUUAGGGGAUGUCAUGCAUGUGUACCUGCAGAAGUGGCUGCGAGCUUGCCCAUCUACAGUCAGCGGAUCUAUGUACUUUCAGAAACCGGUCAAGGAGGGUCGCUUGGAUUGAUCAACACCGAUCCAUGGCUUGCGUCCUUCGGCUGCAGGCCGCCAUUAGCCAGGCACAGCUUCGUUUCCCUAAGCAGUAGCAACCGGAGUGGAAGGAGUCAGGAGUUUUGACAAUAAAGUAGAUAGGCUGGCCGGUCGCGCUCGCUUUACUCUCUUUAACGACUUCUCCAGU